AUGGUUUAUGACUCAUCUUUCAGGAACAUCAUCAAGGGUGAGCUCCCUUCCAGCUGGCAGCAAGUGUCUGCAGGGCAAGCCGAACUCAAACCUGUUUUUGCAAUGACAAAAUUCAUUGUCUCUAUUGAUCAAGCAAAGUUCUUGAUCAAUAACAAGCAAUGCUCUCUUAGAGACUUUCAUAAAAAGCCUGGAAAGCUGCUUGUUGCGGCCAACCAAGACAUCAACAGUUGUCGAUUCCCUGAUUGUUAUAGCAUUGAAGUCUCUUUCGAGCCUGUCUACAUAGGAGUUGACAGCUUCAAAUGCAAGCCCCAAAGACGAAAUUGCUGA